ACCCGCUGUGCUGUACCUAAAUAAAUAGCUAAAGGUACGGACAUCCAAGAACCAUUGGUUCAAUUAAUAACUAAUAAGGUUCGUUCAAUUUUGAUAAUACUAAGUGACCGUAGAUUUGAGUUAUCGUGAUCUACUAAUAUGACUUUUCCACGAUAUUUUGAUUAUAUUUCUUAAAAAAAACAGGAAAAUACCAAGGAGACAAUGCAAUUAUUAAAGUAAUUAGUCCUAUUUUACCAAAUUAUUAGUCGUUUUUACUGUAAUCGAAACCCUCAUCAGGUAUUCAGUACAAAAAUAAAACAAUUAACGAUUUAAUCAAAUCAGAGCGUUUAAACGAUGCCCAAAACCUUUUCUUCCAGAUGUCUGUAAUAGAUAGCAUUACAUAUAACUUGCUAAUUUCUGGGCACGGUCGAUAUGGUAAUUCAAAACAAGCUCUGUAUGGUUUCACAAGGAAUCGAAGAAACUGGUCCUACAUUUUCUUAUGUGAUUACUGUUUGUGUGAAUGGAGGUUUUUAUGGAGAAGGAAUUCAGGUUCAUUGCAAGGUGAAUCCAGUUGGGUUUGAAUUGAGUUUGUUUAUCGCAAGCUCACUUGUGAAUCUUUAUCUGCAUAUGGGAUUUGAUGUUUGAUCAAUUGCCUGAGCGGAAUUUAGCUGUAUGGAAGUUGAUGUUAAAUGCGUGUUCGGAGCUCGGUAAAAUAGAGCAAUUAUUUAGGUUGUACGGCAAAAUGGAAUGGGAGGGUUCAAGUCAAAUGGGUUCAGUUUUUGUUAUUUGAUUCACGCUUGUUGUAAUGAAAGGUUUUUAGAUGAAGAAAAGCAGCUGCAUUGCCAUGUGACUAAGACUGCUGCAUUGCCCUGUGAUUAAGGCUGGAUGGGUGGAAUUCAAUGUUUUUGUUGUCAAUGCUUUGUUGGAUUUUUAUUCUGCUUGUGGGAAUUUCAUAGAUGCUAGGAAAGCGUUUUCCUUAAUUCCAGUUGAAGAUGUGAUAUCAUGGAAUUCAAUCAUUGCUGUAUAUGCCGAGAAUAAGUUAUUGUCUGAUGCUUUUAAAUUAUUUAGUAGGAUGCAUUUCUGGUGGGGAAAACCUUCAAUUCGUUCUUUUUUGGUGUUAUUGAAUUUAUCCAGUAGAAGAAGGUAUAUUCUAUAUGGGAGGCAAAUGUACUGUUUUCUUACGAAAAUAGGUUUUAAUUCAGGGAGUGUUCAUAUUCAAUCAGCUUUAGUUGAUAUGUAUGGGAAAUGCGGUGACGUUGAAAGCUUUCUGUCUGUAUGUGGGAGUGGUUCUAAUAGAACUUUGGAGUGUUGUAACUCAUUAAUAACCUCAUUGUUGCACUGUGGUAUCACUGAAGAUGUGUUUGAAAUGUUUGGUUUGAUGGUUGAAGAAGGAAUUGGGAUUGCUGAGGUUACUCCCUUUGCAACGCUGAAAGCUUUAUCAGUGUCUACUUGGGCGAGUUUGGACAGCUGAAAACUGUUGCACUAUUGUGCUAUAAAAUCCAGUUAUGAAUAUGAUAUUGCAGUUUCAUGUUCUCUUUUUGAUGUGUAAUCAAGAUGUGGGCACGUUGAGCUCUCUUGCUAGGUUUUCAAAACACUUUAUUCACCAAGUGUCUUCUGCUUCAAAUCUAUAAUCAAUGGAUAUACCCGAAAUAGGAUGGGGAGAGAAGGUGUGAGCCUGUUGGAAGCAAUGAUCCAGAAGGGCUGGAUACCUGAUAAAGUGACAUUCUUCUGUGUUUUAAGUGGGUGCAACCAUGCAGGGUUGGUUGAACUUUGAAGAAGGAAAGUCGGUGUUUAACCUAAUGAAAUCUUUCUAUGGCAUUUGCCCAGAACGGCAUCAUUUUUCAGUAUUAUCCAUCUUUAAGGCCGUGCAGGUCUGCUGGGUGAAGCUGAUGAGUUGCUGCAACAGGCACCUGGAGGAGGAGAUUCUGUAAUGUGUAGGGUCCACACGAAUUAAAUAGUGGGAAAGAGAGCAGCAAAAGUCUUGAUGGAGCUUGGCAAGAGGAUUUUGCCAUUUAUUUGCAGGUGUCAAAUUUUUACUCUGAAAGUAGGGGAAUUUGAAGCCUCUUUGCAAAUUAGAGAGACUGAUAUGGCAAGAAAGGUGAUGAGGGAGAUUGGUCACAGUUUAAUUGAGGUGAAGACUAACUGCUGACAUUCAAUUUUUAUACCCAUAAAAUUUAACCGAGCAUGGUCAUCAAAUGGAGAACUUUGGAACAAUGCUUGCUCGUCUGUUUCAGCUUCAUUUCCAUGAAACCGAAACCUGUUUGUGAAGUCUGCAUCUUUUGCUUAAAUCUUCUAAAGAGCAGUUGCUUUAGCUUGAAGCCUUUGGCUUGUAACAGGAAAAGGACCUUUCCCUCCUGACUCGCUAAUUCAAUUUUCGUUUGAGGUAACAUGUUAUAUGACAACUUCAACAUGCUUGAAGAGCUUGAAGACCUGGACAUAGCAGAAGAAGAUGCUGAAGUUUUUGAGUUCCCAUGUUGGACAAGUCAACGUGGUAGCAAGGUUCUUGUAAAUGUGGAUAGCUUUGGUGCAGUUGGAGAUGGAGUUUCUGAUGACACCCAGGCUUUUAGAAAAGCAUGGGACACAGCGUGCUCUACUCCAAAAUCAGUUUUCUUGGUUCCUCCUGGACGCCGUUAUUUAGUUAACGCUACGAAGUUUAGGGGACCAUGUGCAGAUAGGUUGGUUGUUCAGAUUGAUGGAACAAUAGUAGCACCAGAUGAACCUAAGAACUGGGACCGAGAUCUUUCACGACUGUGGCUUGAAUUUACUAAACUGCAGGGAGUGGUGUUCCAAGGAAAUGGAAUUAUUGAUGGAUCUGGUGGCAAAUGGUGGGCAUCUUCUUGCAAAAAGAACAAGUCAAAUCCUUGCAGAGGGGCACCAACAGCACUGACUAUAGAUUCAAGCUCAUCUAUUAGGGUAAAAGGCCUUACUAUUCAGAACAGCCAACAGAUGAAUUUCGUUAUUUCCAAAUCUGAAUCUGUUCGAGUAUCUGAAGUACAAGUCUCAUGUCCAGGAGACAGCCCAAACACUGAUGGGAUCCACAUCACUGGGUCAACUAAUGUUAUUCUUCAAGACUGCAAAAUAGGAACAGGGGAUGAUUGCAUCUCAAUUGUUAAUGAUUCAUCUGCUAUAAAGAUGAAGAGAAUAUAUUGUGGACCAGGACAUGGAGUAAGCAUUGGAAGCCUUGGGAAGGAUAACUCCACGGGCAUAGUCACAAAGGUGGUUUUGGAUACAGCACUCCUCAGGGAGACUGCAAAUGGAGUCAGGAUUAAAACUUGGCAGGGUGGUUCCGGUUAUGUUCGUGGUGUGCGUUUUGAAAAUGUAAGGAUGGAAGAUGUUGCUAACCCCAUCAUUAUCGAUCAAUUCUACUGUGAUUCGCCAACAAACUGCCAAAACCAGACAUCAGCAGUGCAAGUAAGCCAGAUUAUGUAUCGAAACAUUACUGGGACGACAGAAAGCAAGGAAGCAAUGAAGUUCGCCUGCAGUGAUACUGUUCCCUGUAGCAAUAUAGUCCUGAGCAAUGUAAACUUAGAGAAGAAGGAUGGCACAGUGGAGACCUACUGCAACUCUGCCCGAGGCUUUGGCUACGGGGUUGUGCAUCCUUCAGCGGACUGCCUAAGUUCCCAUGACAAAGGCUCUAUUCUCAUUGAUCAGAAAGAAAAUGCUAAGUUUGCUGAACCCACUGUUCAUGCUGAACUCUAAGCUCCCUAUAGGCACAUAAAUAAUGAUGUGAUAGUAUUAUUGCACAAGAGUAACUUAACUAGAGCAGUAGAGGUCCGAGGAGGUUUGAGGCUCGAGUUGAAAUUUUUAUGGGAAAUUUCGGAUGCCAUUGAUGUUAUGCACAAACUGCAUUGAAACUAAUCCUGACAAUAAUAGCAAGGAUAUGUAAAAUGCAGUUAAUAUACCUAGUAAUAUUGAAGAAGAAAAAUCAAUUUAAUGAAAUUACUUACAUUUUGAUAUGAAAGUGCAAUUGUACUCUUUCGACAGGGUCCAUUUUGUAACUUGCAACACAAGUACACAAUCCCUACUGCAGGAAACUCCAAAAAUGAUCCUCAAGUGAUGUAGCCAUACUUCCAUAUGUUUGUU